AUGUCGUUGACGUCCGACUCGUCCUACCCCAACUCGAGCGUGCACACCCCCGGUACCUCCACGCCCUCGAGUGAAUUCGACCAACACGUCGACCCUCUCCCCACCUUCGCCCAAUUGGACCUGUCCCUCUCCCGUGACCAAGGCUCGGUCCGUUCGACAGGCUACGGCGCAGGCUCCGAAGCGCACACUUUGUCCGAGGUCGCGCACUCGAACCACAAUGUGCUCGCGUCGAGAAUACUGUCCCGCACCUCCGUAGGCGAAGGAGCUGGGGGUGCGUUGAGUCCCGAGAAUCUACCCAAGGCUCCGACCGAGUUGCCCAGGAUGCCAGUCGAUCACGUCAGCGCUCACCAUUUCGCGAUGGGCCCCACGGGCAGCGCCGUAGCCAGCACCGUCAUUUUGCCUUCCUCGGUCACCGCCAGCGCCGCGGCCAACUUUGCCAGCACCGGUACAUCCGGUACGAUCACCAACCCCGUCUCUUCGACCGCUCGCACGGUAAACUCGGUCCCCUCUACCACGUCGAACGCGACUACCGCGACGACGACGACGACGACGGCCGACAAGGAGCGGACGUUGAUGCCACCGCCUGCGACGACAACGGCGCCCAAACCCCAAGCCCCUGUUUUGCAGCAGAAAAAGUCCGUCUUUGGCAAGCUCUUCUCGAGCAGCAACGCGUCCAACGCCUCGCUCAACAGCGGCUCCGGGUCGAACGGCGAGCGAAUGGAACGAGGCGACUCGAACGCCGGUUCGGGGACCGAAGGCACUGGCAAUGGAGGCGCGAGCCUCGCUCGAAGACCUAGCAAGAAGGAGCGGGAACAGGAGAAGAAGGAGGCCAAGGAACGCGAGCGUGAACACAAGGAAGAACAGGCUCGACUGGCGCGGAGACCUUCAACCGGCGCAACACAUCAGGACCUUGGACAUGGGACCUCACCUUCGGGUAAGGAUCGGUCAGCUUCGACUUCGCGACCACGAGCUGGAUCGCACGGCGCCAAGGAGAAGGAAGGUGGAAUGGGUCAGGCCUUGAACGAUUUCAUGCGCAACAAGGUCCAACGCAAGUCAUCGCAGACCUCGCGCAAGUCCGACGAUGGACGUUCGGACCACGAUGGCACCUCGACCCGAGGCGACGGCGAGACGCGAUCACGUGCCGGUUCCCAAGCCGGUUCACUCAGCCAAAAGUACGGCGUGUGCGAGAAGAUGGUGAUUGGCAAGGGGGCGACAGCUGUUGUCAAGCUUGCGCACAAGUGGGAUCGUUCGACCGAGCGCCUCUACGCCGUCAAAGAGUUCCGCAAAAGGAGAAAGAACGAGACGGAGAAGGAGUACGUCAAGAAAUUGACGUCCGAAUUUUGCAUCAGUUCGACAUUGCAUCAGUGAGUCUUGUGCGGGCUUUUCUCUGUGUGCUUGGUGGACGGGUACUGAUCCGGGUGACUCUGCUUGCCGCGCCCGCAGUCACAACAUCGUGGAAACCGUCGACCUGGUCCAAGACGAGCAGAACCAUUGGUGCGAAGUGAUGGAGUACUGCCCCGGAGGAGACCUGUACGCCGCGAUCAAGAAGGGUGACAUGUCCCCUCAAGCGAUCAAUUCAUACUUCAAGCAAAUCCUCGCCGGCGUCGCGUACCUCCACUCCAUGGGUGUCGCCCAUCGUGAUAUCAAGCCAGAGAACCUGUUGCUCGAUGCCAAGGGACAUGUCAAGAUCACCGAUUUUGGUGUGUCGGACGUUUUUAGGAUGUGUUGGGAGAAGACGACGCAUCUCUCCAAGGGGCUUUGUGGGUCCGAGCCGUAUAUCGCCCCGGAACAGUUUGAACACAAAGGCGAGUUCUUCUGCUUAUAUGAGCGGGUCGGUCUUGCGAUUAUCGUGCUAACGUGAGCUUUUCUAACGGGUGAACAGAAUACGAUGCGCGACUAGUCGACGUCUGGGCGUGCGCCGUCGUCUUUUACUGCAUGCACUUCCAGGAAUUGCCGUGGCGAGUGGCCAAACCGUCGGACCCUUCCUUCGGCCCUUACAUGCAGAUGUACGGUGGGCAAUCAACCCCUCCCCCUUUAUCGAACCUCGUCCCUCGGGAAUGCCGCAACAUCAUUCGAAGGAUGUUGGACCCGGAUCCGAAAACGCGCGCGACGACGGACCAGAUCAUCAGUGACCCGUGGUUCGAUCAGAUCAAAGUCAUACCGCCGUUGGAAGGGAUAUUGCCACCCCCUGGUGCCGGAGGUCAAGUUUUGAUCAACAAUCCACCGAUCCCUUCGCCUGCACUAUCGGGACAGAGUACGAGCCCUUCGACGCCUGCGAUGGCUUGA